GAAAUCAGGCAGUUCGUUUUGACCCUCCGUGAGCUGAGGGUACGGCGCGUGCUUUCGAGAAUCUCGUGAUAUUUCGUAAACAAUGCCAUUUAUGAAUCGUAGCAACGCUGGAUUUCGACGAAGCCGCAGUUUGAGGGAUUGUUGAUCUAUGAUCGUCCACGGAAUAUCGUGAUUUUUUUACGUUUUGCGUUCGUUCAGUUGGCCGUGAUUGCCGGCCGGAAAGCUGUUUGCCGGAGGAAUUGCCUUCGAAUUUUCACCUGAACCCGGCUUAAUUGGAUAUUUACAUUUGUCGGUGAACCUUGUGCAAACUUUGUGCCUGAUAGAAUUUGUCGCGUUACCAGGAGCUUGUUACCACGUGCAGCCAAAAUGCCCGAGUCGAGAGCACAUGUUCUGAAAGUUCUGUUUGUGGUGUCUGUGUUUGUGCAGGCUGAGUUCUGGGGCAGGGUUAAUGCUGAUUUCGAGAACAGUUGGACGAUGUACCAGGAACAGCCGUGCUGUUCAGGUACCGGAAAUCACCAUGUUCGACAUCACAGAGAUCAUGUCAGAGAGUUCGCCUGUGGCCAGCUGUACUACCGGACCUUCCAUUUGGACGUCAAGAGGGAUUCCUUAUACGUUGGAGCAAUGGGACGUGUUUUCCGAUUGAAUCUCAGCAACAUCAACGCUUCAAGCUGUGAGAGGGACGCACUGAAUUUGGAACCUACAAAUGUAGCGCAAUGUGUGUCCAAAGGAAAAUCAGAGCAUUUUGACUGUCGAAACCACAUCAGGGUCAUUCAAUCGAUGGGAGAUGGAAAGAGGCUGUAUAUUUGUGGAACCAAUGCUCACAAUCCCAAAGACUGGGUAGUAAAUGCCAACUUGACGCACAUCGGACGCAACUUCUUCGUCCCCGGCAUAGGUUUAGGUAUAGCGAAAUGCCCCUACGACCCUGCCGACAACUCCACCGCUGUCUGGGUAGAACACGGAAAUCCCGGAGAUCUCCCCGGACUCUACUCCGGAACCAACGCCGAAUUCACAAAGGCCGACACGGUAAUCUUCAGGACUGACCUUCACAACCUCACCACCGGCAGGAAGGAGUUCAGCUUCAAGAGAACAAUCAAAUACGACUCCAAAUGGCUAGACAAGCCGAACUUCGUUGGAUCUUUUGACAUCGGUGAUUAUGUCCUCUUCUUUUUCCGUGAAACGGCUGUAGAAUACAUCAACUGUGGAAAAAGCGUCUAUUCCAGAGUUGCCAGAGUGUGCAAGAGAGAUACCGGUGGUAAGAACAUCCUGUCGCAGAAUUGGGCGACCUACCUCAAAGCCAGGCUCAACUGCUCCAUCCCUGGAGAGUUUCCCUUCUACUUCAACGAAAUACAGAGCAUCUACAGAGUUCCUGGCGACAACAAUAAGUUCUAUGGCACCUUCACAACCUCAACCAACGGCCUGAUGGGAUCAGCCAUAUGUUCUUUUACGUUGAGCGACAUCCACGCAGCCUUUGCUGGAAAGUUCAAAGAACAAGCCUCUUCAUCCUCGGCUUGGUUACCUGUUCUCUCUGGUCGUGUGCCAGAACCAAGACCUGGAACUUGCGUCAACAAUACAGAAACUUUGCCGGAUUCAGUACUGAAUUUCAUAAGAUCCCAUCCACUGAUGGACUCUGCCGUUCAACACGAGCAUGAAAAACCCGUCUUCUUCAAGAGAGACAUCAUUUUCACCAAGUUGGUAGUUGACAAGGUACCUGUAGAUAUUGGAGGUGCAGUUUUGGACUACACCGUCUACUACGCAGGAACAAACGAUGGACGUGUCCACAAGAUUGUGGAAUGGCAGAAAGAAGAUGGUGAUACCUCCUCCAUCCUUCUGGAUGUUUUCGAUGUUACCCCUGGUGAAGCCAUACAGGUGAUGGAGAUCAGCAAGGAACAUAAAGCUAUCUACGUAGCGUCUGAUAUGAGGAUAAAACAGGUCGAUCUGGUGAUGUGCAACAGGAGAUACGAUAAUUGCUUGAGAUGCGUCCACGAUCCUUAUUGCGGAUGGGACAAGGAUUCGAAUGUCUGCAAACCCUACUCUCCUGGUCUCCUGCAGGACGUUUCCAAUAGCACGGUUGACGUCUGCGACACCAGCGUAGUGAAGAAGAAGAUGAUCGUCACGUGGGGUCAGAGCCUUCACCUGGGAUGUUUCCUGAAGAUGCCGACAGUCUUGUCUUCUCAAACUAUAACUUGGUAUCAUUACUCCAAGGACAAAGGUCGUUACAAGAUCCAGUUCAGGCCAGAGAAAUACAUAGAAACGUCAGAAAGGGGAUUGGUCAUCAUCGCGGUCACAGAGGCGGACGCUGGUCGUUACGAUUGUUCUAUGGGCGCUUCGUUGUUGUGUUCCUACAAUGUAACAGUGGAUGCGCAUAGGUGCGCUCCACCGGCGAAGACCAACGAUUACCAGAAGAUCUACUCGGAUUGGUGUCAUGAAUUCGAAAAGUACAAGUCGGCCAUGAAGACUUGGGAAAGGAAGCAAGCUCAAUGUGCCUCGAGGCAGAACGACAGCAACCAAAACAACCACCCAAAUGAGAUUUACAGGCCACUAGUGUGAUAGCUCGUACAGCAUGGGCCGCUAGCCUUGACGUUUCUAGGCAUCCCCCUAUACUGGACCCGCGUUCUUUUCGUCUAGACUAGUGGUGUGACACUGUGAUGUUGCGUGUGGACAAAAACAGAUAUGUAACGCCAUCUGGCGGCUUGGGACGAAUUUUAAAGUGUAUUUUAAUGACGCUCAACUGGUGAAAAUCUAGCGCUUGUGUCGUUUAUCCAUUCUCCAAGAAAGUAAUGAUUUUUAUGAUGAAAUAUUUUUUCACGUGAACGUAUUAAUCGGUGGGGGUAACGUCGAGAUUUCAGCAGGUGAAUCAUCGAUCGGAAAUAAUAGAAGUCAAGCUCAAAAAGCUCAACCUAACUCCCAACAAGGCCUUAUUCAGACUGCUUCUCAACUCUAAAUUUCCUUUUGAAAUCUCGAAAAUCUCCACCGACAUGCGAAAUGUCUGUAAUAUAAAACUUACUUCGUCUUAGCUAGUAAACAUGUAUUUCGAAAAACAACUAUUUACAGAAAAACAAAACGAUGCCACAUCGCAUUGGAAAAACUGAAUAAUUUUGAACAUUGUAGGACUGUGAUAUGCGUGUAUUGUAUUGUAAUUUUCACGAAAAUUGAUUUUUUUGUUUCGAUGUGUAAAAUCAGCCUCAUAUUUCGGACCAAGUGGGUGAACUUUUUCUGUAUAUCUCUUCGAUUUAUAUUUUCAAAUUGUAAAUUCCGAUUUUAUGACUAAGCAUAAGUUUUGAUUUUUUUUAACUAUUUCGAUGUAAUCUAGUAUAUCUCCUGCGUUUUAGUCAUGAAAUUGUAUAUUUAAACUCGUAGAUUCAUCGCGUAUUGAAGCAAUACUCUUUGCUUGUGAGAUGUUGGUCCUUCUAAAAUAUAUAUAAAUAUAAAUAAAAAAAUGUACAUAUGUUUAACAUUGGAAGAAUUGUACCUAAUUCAUUUUGUAACUUUUGUUAAACUAUAGGUUUCUGUCAGAGCGUUUCGAAAAUUCUUAAAUCUAAGCUGAUUCCUCGUUUUUUCUCCAAAACAUAGUUUGUAGUUGUUCAUUAUGGUUGAAGACAAUCACUCUGCUGAAAAUAUGGAUACAAGUUUUCUGUCCACUUUGCAGCUGCAAUUAUAUCAAUUCAAAAAAAAAGGAAAGCACAAGGAAAAUUUUCCAAUAAAAUGAAUAUAGCAAUACCGUAGUAAUGAAAAAUUACUUCAAAAUUAUCACAUCAAUAGAACAUGGUUGUUCACUUAACGCACAAUUCUUAUUUAUCGUUUUAUUCUCACAUGUUUUUAUUUAGUUGAAGAAGAUUCUCCAUUGGGGUGCUUUUGACUUGAAUUUAUUUUAAUUUUUCCUAUUACAUCUGUUGAAAUUUUUUGCUUCUCUUAGAGUGAUAGCCCCCUUAAUGGAAUACGGAAAGUAUUUUCAUAUUAUUUUUGUCAUGAGCUGUUCGACUAUGGUUUAAUUUAUUCUAAUUCAAUUAACCCUGUAAAUACCUAUGUAAAGUUAGUGAAAAUUAACUAUAUCAAUCCUAAGUACUUAUAACUGAAUAAAAUACAUCUUUACAUGAAUGAACAAUAAACAGAAUACUUUCAGAAGAAAACUCGUCAUACUGAAAAUGUUAAGCUUUGUUUUAUGAAUGUUGUUGGAGUAAGUAGUUUUGUAUAUCGCAUUUAUUGUAUUCUCCAUGUUUGCAGAUUGUUGACAAGCAAUCACAGCAUUUACAGACUGUCUUAGUUUUAAGUUAUUCACAUUUUUAGAUUAAGAAUUGGGUUUUUGUAUGAAACAGAGUACAUAUCCUAAAUCCUGCAAUAAUUUCGGAAGCUUAAUUGUUUUACGCUCCACAUUAUCGUUCAUUAUUUAGGCAAAGCUAUUGUUACGAAUUUAAAAUGUAGAGGAUUCGGAGGUGAAAUCCAAAUGAUGACUUCUAUGAAGUAAUUUUUUCAUAUUACUGAAUUUUAUAACAGACCCUGACGUUUGGAGGAUACAGGUUGACGUUGUUGAAGUAAACGAUUAAACCAAUAGGAGUUUUAUUGAAUUUUUAUAGAUGUAUUUAACCCUCAGGUGUGCUAUGGUGAACGAUAACCCUUCUCCUAACGUCAGCCCCUGGACUUAAGAUAAACUAUGUAGUUGUAGCUUUUAGUUUUUAUUUUUCUUAGCCUCAUAGUUCUAUAGAGAUCAGAAAUUGUUGACAAUUCUAGUGAUUUCAAAUUUUUAUAAUCAUCAACUGUAUCGAUGGUAUGUUCCCAAAACUACUGAUUAUUUACGAUUUAUUGUAAAUAUAUUGCAGUGAAGAUUAGUUGAUAUAGUGAGAUCAUCCCUGUAAAUUGUAAUAGUUAAGUCGCUAAUUGCUCUCUUGGAUAUUAUCAAUAAAGAUUAUGAAGAAAA